AUGGGUGUACAAGUCGAUCCCUGCGUUUGUGAUGCAAACAAGUUGAAUCAGUUAGAUCGAGAAGAGAAGAGAAUGAUUGAAGAGUCGGCCAGGAAAGUUGAGAACCAAUGGAUGAUUCCAUACCCAUGGAAAAGGGAUCCCAAAGAACUACCGGAUAAUAAAGAACAAGCCGUUAAACGUCUGGAAUCGACAGAACGCAGACUAUUGAAGAACCCCAAAGAAGCUGCCACUUACAACCAGAAAAUGAUCGAGAUGGAAGAAAUGAACUUUGCUAGUAAGUUAACCAAGAAAGAGAUUGAAGACUACAAAGGACCAGUUCACUAUGUUUCACACCAUGCCGUUCUCAGGCCCGAUAGUACAAGCACACCAGUUCGUAUAGUCUUCAAUUCGUCAUCUUCCUAUCAAGGUCACGUACUCAACGACUACUGGCGAAAGGGACCCGAUCUGUUGAAUGAUUUAUUCGGUGUCAUUCUGCGCUUCAGAGAAAAUGAGGUCGCUGUAGCUGCUGAUAUAUCGAAAAUGUAUCAACGAGUGCUCAUCCCGUUGGAAGACAGACACGUACACAGAUUCCUGUGGAGAAAUUUAGAAACGGACAGACCGCCUGACACUUAUGCAAUGAAUGUAUUAACGUUUGGUGACAAGCCUGCACCAGCCAUGGCUCAAGUCGCGCUGCAAAAGACAGCCGAGGAAGGAAAGAGUAUUAACCCGGAAGCAGCACGUACCAUUAAAGUCAACACCUAUAUGGAUGACAUUCUUGACUCAGUUAACACGAAAGAAGAAGCCAAGAAACUUACAGGUGAUAUUGACAGCAUCCUUGAGAGGGGCGGAUUCAAAGUGAAAGGAUGGCAAUCGAAUACGGAUUUAGACGACCGUGACACGGAAGCAAGUGAAAUCAAAGUGCCAAAAUGCAAACCAGAAGCAAAAGUACUUGGUGUAUCGUGGGAUAGGUUGAAAGAUGUCCUGAAAUACAAAUUUGAAAUUGAGGCUGUGAAAUUCUGCACAACCGAUCUCACCAAGCGUAAGAUUUUAAGUCAGGUUGCUAGAAUUUACGAUCCCAUCGGUUUUGCCUCGCCCUUCCUCGUAAGAGCAAAGAUCAGCCUCCAAGAAUUAUGGGAAGAAGGAGUAGACUGGGAUGACGAGCUGCCUCCAAGCAUUCAAGAGAAAUGGUCAUCGUACUUCAAAGAGAUGGAGCAGCUGAAUGACGUAUCGUUUGAGAGAUGUAUUUGUCCAGGGAAAGUGGUCGAGCCGCCAACGUUAUGUGUAUUUGCCGAUGCAUCGCGAGGUGCAUUUGGGACAUGUGCAUAUCUGAGAAGUGAAAAUUCCACAGGAGAUAUCAAAGUUAGAUUUGUUGCGGCCAAAUCACGAGUUGCCCCGUUAAAAGAGCUAACUAUCCCACGUUUAGAGCUCCAAGCAGCUGUGUUGGCUAGCAGGUUGUGCAAAGCGAUCGAGCGAGAAAUUCGGAUCGAGCUCCAAGAAAGUAUUUUAUUUACAGAUAGCGCAAUCGUCUUGGCCUGGAUUAAAAAUAAUGGAAAGCGUCUAAAACCAUUUGUAGCAAGUCGAGUUGGAGAAAUUCGAAGCAACGUCAAACCGGCCCAAUGGAAGCACAUCCCAACUGAACAGAACGCUGCCGAUGAUGUAUCCCGUGGAUUAUCUGUUCCUGAUUUGUCGGGACGUUGGUUGAACGGUCCGGAAUUCCUGCGUCGACCAAAGGAAGAAUGGCCGAACGAAGGCAAACAACCUGAUCCCACUGAAGUAGAGCGCGAGUGCAUAAAGAGGAAAGCCGUUAAUGUGGUAACAAAUGAAGUGGCCCAGAUAGGAAAGGUAAUCGAGUGUAAAGAUUAUUCGAAUUGGACGAGACUCGUUCGUGUCACAGCCUGGGUACUGAAAUUCAAGAAUGCGUUCCUGGCGAAGAUAGGACGACCUAGCAAGGAGGAUUCGGUAAAUGAAGAGGCACUAAACCCGAAAGAUCUCGAGAGAAGUCAAACCGUCUGGAUUAAGGAAGCUCAGAAGUGUCUAAAGAAUCGCCUGAAAAGAAACGAUUUCCGAACACUUUCUCCCUUUGAAGAUGAAGAAGGUGUAAUCAGAGUAGGUGGUCGCAUCGACAAUGCACUAGUUUCAUACGAGACACGACACCCGGCGUUGCUCCCUUAUGACCAUACAGUUUCACGAUUGAUAACCGAAAGGGCUCACCGAAUGGGACACUCCGGUGUUGCGACCACAUCUGCAAAGACAAGAAGACGAUACUGGAUACUCAAAGUACACGACCUGGCGAAGACAAUCAAGUCUAAUUGUCGUUUGUAA